AAAAGCGACACAUCCAGCGGGUCGUAUUUGUGGAGCUUGAAGGGUUCGGUCCAGCCGGCUGAUCCGAGCCGAACCGUGUCAGCGGUGCUGUAGACACGAAGAAGAGGAAGCUAAAGAAACCAACUCAAAGAGAUUUAAUUCACCGUCUUUAACACAGUCUAUCUUAUUCAUGCGGAUAUUUUAACUGCUACUGGAGACUGAUUAUUUUCUCAAUCUCGUGUGUAUUAUUACGCGUUUUUUUGGUUGUUGCAAGAACGUGGAUUGUGACACGAAUAAUUUGUAAAGAAGAAUCAACACCAAGAUAAGAACAAAUGGAGUCAUCCAACGGCUUCUCGUCCGAACGAAACAUCCUGUGCCUGUUUGACGUGGACGGGACUUUAACAGCACCUCGAGAGAAAAUCGAUCCACAGUUGGAUGAGUUUUUCCAGACUCUGAGGAGGAAAGUGAAGAUCGGCAUCGUGGGAGGUUCCGACUACUCAAAGAUAGCGGAGCAGCUCGGCGAGGGGGAUGAUGUGAUAUACAAGUUUGACUAUGUCUUUGCUGAGAACGGGACGGUACAAUACAAAGAUGGGAAACUCCUCUCAAAGCAUGCGAUACAGAAUCAGAUCGGCGAGGAGCUGCUCCAGGACCUCAUCAAUUUCUGCCUCAGCUACAUGGGGCUCAUCAAACUGCCAAAGAAAAGGGGAACGUUCAUUGAGUUCAGGAAUGGGAUGCUCAACAUUUCCCCCAUCGGCCGGAGCUGCACACUGGAGGAGCGAAUUGAAUUCUCUGAAAUCGACAAGAGAGAGAAGAUCAGGGAGAAAUUUGUUGCUGCACUGAAAGAGGAGUUUGCUGGGAAGGGACUGCGGUUCACUAAAGGCGGUCUCAUCAGCUUCGACAUCUUCCCAGAGGGCUGGGACAAGAGGCUGUGUCUGGAGCAGCUGGCCAGCGAAAGUCUGGACACCAUAUAUUUCUUUGGCAACGAGACAUCUGAUGGGGGAAACGACUAUGAGAUCUUCAACGACCCACGGACCAUCGGCUUCACGGUCUACUCUCCGGAGGACACGGCCAGGUUCUGUCGGGAGCUUUUCUUUAAUGCUCCACCCCAUGAGCCCUGAUGUCCUUGAAUGCCCCCCCCCUCAUCGGACCUCUUUAACCGCCUGCGGGUGUCUUCUGGUACGACAACAAGCAACACCAACCCGUAUUCUAACUGCUAAAAAGUACUACUGAUCAUGUCCACUUUACUAAUAGGAUUACAUACCAAUAGGCCGCAGCAGGGUGAUUUGACUCAAUGUGAGCAAUAAGUCCAGCUGCUUUUGUAUUUUGUUUUUUAAAAAGUGUUAAAUGUUGUGGUAUGGGAAAGUUUUAAAUUCUGUUUAAAGUGUAAGGGCACUGCGCUGUGAAGCAUGUGACUAGCCAAAAAAAAGCUUUAAAAUUCUUUAAUACUCAGCAGUGUUGGAAGUGUCGAAUGAUGUUUUGCACACCGAUCGUUGGUGUGGUCUUGUUGAACACUGCUGAAGAAGGUGACAAAAGUGAGAAGUAUUUGCUUGUGUUGGGACUCUUCCUCUGCGGUUAACGACAUAAAAAUGACUCCAGGUAUUUCAGUGUCUCUGCAGCUCUCUGAGCCGGAUGAGACCUAAUGUUUAUUUACUGUGUAAUCCCUUAAAUAUCAAAUUUCUGUUUUGAGUUCAGAUUUCUUUUUAAAAACUCAACAUUAAUCACUGAAGAGAACUUAACCAGUGAAUUAAGCUACUGUGACCAAGUCACUCUGCAAACCUGUGUCAGUUGAUAUGACAGCUUUGUAUGUAAAAUAUUUUUACGAGCUGGGGGGUCGUGGCCUGCACGCUGUAUGGUGACUGUAUGUAUCGAUGCUCAUUGCUAAUCUUUUUCAAUGUUUAACAGAUGCUUGAAGGGUUUUUAAAGUAACUUUUAACAUUUUAAAUACUGAAAUUUAGUUUGGUUUAGAAAAAAGAAAGCCUCCCGGGUUGGAUCUUUGUUGUAAAUAUGAAGCUUUUGAUGAAUCCUCAGCUGCAGUUCUGUGUCUGAUUGUGUGUACACUCCUUCAACAACAAAGACUUAAAGGAUUAUGUCGACAACACUUCUAUGCACAGCAGAGAUGAGCUUUCAACUGAUUAAAGAGAUCAAUCUUG